AUGUUACCUGGACCAGUUCUGCAAGGGCUGUUUUGGAGCAGCGAACCUGCUGCCGCGAAAACCACACUGCAGGAUGCUGCUCUUGUGCGCACCCAGGGACCCCUGGUUGCAGUGGGCUGGGUCCGACACCAUCGCCACCAGCUUGCGACACGUCUGGGUGCUGGGGUUGCAGCGGGGAGCAGUGCCAGCUCUGCGUGGACGAGAAGGAGAAGGAUUGCUGCUUCGACCAGGUCUGCAGGGGCUGUUCUGGACAGCAGUGCCCCUACUGCCGCGAAGGCCACACGGCAGUGUGCUGCGCUGGCAAGCACCCAGGGACCCCUGGUUGCAGUGGGUCUGGUCCGACACCAUCGCCACCAACACCACCAAAUACCAUCGUCGCCAUCGCCAACGCCAGCGCCAACACCAGCGCCAACGCCGCUGCCGCCGAACACGCUCGGCUGCACGGCAACGCCAGCGGGCACCCGUUGGAACCCAGACAUCUUGUGCUACCGGGAGCCAGACUGCGCGAACGGGGGGCUCUGCUGCAAUGCGGGCGGCAAGACAAACGAGUACAAGUUCUGCGGUGUCGGCUCGUGCGGGGACUGCCCGUGA